AUGUAUAUUCAACAUAAUGGUGUUGCAAUGGGUGCUCCAUUAGCUUCAGUGAUUGCUGAUAUUUUUAUGACUUACUUGGAAAUAACAUUGAUGGAUAAAUUAACGCAAUUAGGUGUAUGUGAAUGGUAUCGUUAUGUAGAUGAUACAUUUGUAUUCAUUAAUAAAGAUGCAAAUGUAGAUAACUUAUUAUCCAUUGUUAAUGAAUUUCAUCCAUCAAUUAAAUUUACAAGAAAGAUUGAAGAUAAUGAUAAAUUGGAGUUCCUCAAUGUACACGUUAUUCGAUCACCUGAACAACAAUGCUCCGAGACAACAAUUUAUCGAAGGCCAACAUUUACUGAAUUACUAACAAAUUGGAACUCUUAUGUUCCCAUUCAAUAUAAGAAAGUUGGUAUUGUUAGUAUGGUUAAUCGUGCACUUAAUAUUUGUUCAACAUAUAAACAUUUAGAAGAUGAAUUUAAUGAAAUAAGAAGAAUUGGUCUACUCAAUAAUUAUCCAUUAUCAUUUAUUGAUACAAUUAUAGGUAUUAAAUUAAGUCAACAUCGAAAUAAAACAUUUACUAAAAUAGAUACACCAAUAAUUGAAAAUGAUAAAAAGAAAAUUUAUGUUGAGAUACCAUUUAUUCAAUCAUCAACAAUAGGUCUUAAAAACAAAAUUAAACAUCUUACAAACAAAUCAAGACCUGAUCUCGACAUCCAAUUCUUCUUCAAACCACCAUCAUCGACACAAGCAUUCUUUCAAAACAAAGAUCCAAUUGUUAAACACAUGAAGUCGGAUGUAGUAUAUUAUGUUAAAUGUAAUGACUGUACACAUUCGUAUAUUGGUAAGACUGAACGUCAAUGUAUACGAAGAUUAAAUGAACAUGGUGCACCAAAAACAGCCUAUCAACAACAAUGCAACCAUGUGAGUGAUGAUCUUAAUCAUAACAGCAACAUCCAAGAAUUAAGAAGAUCAUCACGAAUAAGAAACAAAACAACAAUAACAAAUGACAAUAACAGCGAUAAUAUGAUUGCCAAGUCAUCAAUUACUCAACAUGAAAAAGAAACAGGUCAUCAUAUGGACUGGAGUAAUUUUCAGGUAAUAUGGCAAGACAAUCAUUAUUAUCGUUUGUUAGUUAAGGAAUCAUUACUGAUCAAGGCUUAUGAACCAGAACUCAACAAAACAACACAUUCGGUACCAUUACUGGUUUUUCCUGAUGGUCUACCGAGAGUUCUGUUACCUAAUCCUGAUCUUUAA